UGUGUUUUUCAGGCAGAUAGAAGCAAUGAAGAAAAUGAUACUAGAUGGGAGACAAAAUUUAAUGAAUUGUCCAUGUCAAGAGAAAAAACUAAGCCCCUCAUUCCAGAGAUGUGUUUUAUUUACAGUGAAGAAAACAUGGACUAUUCCCCACCCAAUGCCUUCCUUGAAGAAGAUGGAACAAGUCUUCUAAUUUCUUGUGCAAAGUGCUGUGUACAAGUUCAUGCAAGUUGUUAUGGUGUUCCUUCUCAUGAGAUCUGUGAAGGAUGGCUGUGUGCGCGGUGUAAAAGAAAUGCGUGGACAGCAGAAUGCUGUCUCUGCAAUUUGAGAGGUGGUGCUCUUAAGCAAACUAAGAAACAAUAA